AUGACCGAAAAACGCAUCCUCUGCGUGGGACUUUGCAACCUGGACAUCGUCCAGGUGUGCGACAGCUUCCCGGAGGAGGAUUCCGACCAGAGGUCCGCUGCGAGCCGCUGGCAGCGGGGUGGUAAUGCAUCAAACAACUGCACGGUGCUCGCUCUGCUCGGAGCAAACGUGGAACUGCUGGCGACCUUCAGCGGCUCGGAACAUUUCGCUUUCGCGCUGCAAGAUCUGCAGCGCCGUGGAAUCCGGACGGAUUCGUGCACCUUUCACGCGGACUGUGAAAUUCCUCUAUCCACGGUUUGGCUGAGUGCCAGCACCGGGAGCCGAACCAUCGUACACUCGAAUCCCAAUUUGCCGGAGCUAACGCUGGUCGAUUUCGACCGGUGCGAUCUUCAGCGGUACGGUUGGAUUCAUUUUGAGGGUAGACGAACUACAGACGAGAUUGCGAAAAUGAUUCAGGAAAUUAAAAAGUGGAACGAUUCCGUGGGUGCAACUGUAGGAAUUACCAUUUCGGUGGAUCUGGAAAAACCACGGAACUCCAAUCUGUUACUGAUUCCUGACGUCGAUUUUAUUUUUCUCGGAAAGGAUUUUGCCCGUUUUCUGGGGUUUACCUCAGCGCAGACUGCAGUGCGUGAGUUCAAAAAACGCUACCCAGGAAGUUACACUCUGAUCUGUCCUUGGGGAAGCAGCGGGGUUUGCGCGCUGGAUCAAGACGAUAAUUACCUGAGCUGUGGAGUGUAUCCUCCCACGGUGAUCCGAGACAGUCUCGGAGCGGGCGAUACCUUCUGCGCUGGAUGCAUCUUUCAGCUUAACAAGGGUGCUGCCCUGCAGCAGGCCAUCGAAUACGGUUCCCGUCUGGCAGGACUGAAAAUCAGCGAUUACGGCUUCGAUCACCUGAAAUCAAAAAUAGACCAAUUACCGAACUAGGCUUUCUCUCUUUCUACUUCUCAACCUCAACACUUUCCAGGCUAGAUUCGGUGAAACAAACUCUGCUACGAGGGAAUGACGCUUUAUUCUCCAUGUUUUUUUUUUUGCAUUUACUUUCUCAAAGCAAAUUAAAAGGAACAUGUCUUACUCGAUUACCUGCUGCGCUUAGAAUAUCUAACUGUCCUAUUAUAAUAAUA